AUGGCUCCAGUUCGCCGAUAUCUAAGAAUAUCUAAAUACUCGGUCCUUGAGUGCCGAAUAUAUCUCGACAAUCCAGCUCUGGCUCAAUCAUGGCUUCUUAACCCUCGAAAUCCAAUAUUGCAAAAGGUCAUUGAGAGUAUCCGCCCUUUGGUUCUACCCAAACUUCGUGAAGAGAGAGAGAGGAUUAAGAAAAAGAGCAAAAAGAAGACUGUCAAGGAUGUCAUUGUUACUGAUGAGUUUGAGGUCUCCAUCUUCUUGACAGAAACAAGCACCAGGCACUCCCUUAUUUACCGGACCAAACACUUUAGGGACAAGUUACCACCAAAGCUCGAGUCCAACUCAUCCAAGCUCAUUGGAGAAACGGACAGCGUCCCUGUGGAUGUUGACGAUGAAUACCAUGCACCAGUUCUGCAAGAGGAAGACGAAGAAGACGUGAGAUUGUCCGAUAUUCCCAUCGCUGAAACAACGACACGGCGUAGCAAGCGCCAAAGAGGAAUGUUGGACCAGGGCCAAGAUGGCAGCGAGGUUUCUGAAGACGAUGAAACAACCUCGGCCAUCGAAAUCGACUCAGACACGGAGGCGCCCCCGCACAAACGACCCCGGGCCCGGGAAAACAACGGUCUCGAUGCAAGUGAUGACAAGAAGAAACUUGCCAUGGACGUGUCAUAUGAGGGAUUUGCGAUAUACGGCCAGGUGCUGUGCCUCGUGGUCAAGAAAAGGGCGGGCGCUGCAACCACCAGCAACAGCAACAGUGGGGAUGCAAAAAGCCGGCCAGAAGGACAAGCCAUGAUGGAGAAUUGGAUAUCGUCGACCCAAGUGCCGGUUGGCGAGGACAUGGCAUAA